CGAACCACCAUCGUUGCCGUCGCCGUCGCAGGUGCCGUCGGUCCAUAUUUCAACCCUCGAACCUCCGCCGAACUCCCCCUUUUUCGCCCCCCUGCCGCGUUAGAGCACGCGAAACCGAACUUCCCUCGGUCGCACGACCCCAAUUCUUCCCAAUCAUCGGAGCAGCAAGAUGUGUUUCGGUGGCCGAGACAAAGGAGAUGGUGCCGGGGCGGCCCGGUCACACGAGCUCGACAAGAUGAUUCGCGCCGACGAGAAGCGGAUGGCCAAGGAAGUGAAGCUACUGCUACUCGGUGCCGGCGAGUCGGGCAAGUCGACGAUUCUAAAGCAGAUGAGGUUGAUCUAUUCACAAGGAUUCAGCAAGAACGAGAGGCUGGAGUGGAAACCCGUCGUGUUCAACAAUGUCGUUCAAGCAUUUCGCCUAAUCUCGGAUGCUAUGAACGAGCUGGGCAUCAAGUUCGAGAACGAGGAUAACGAGAACAUGGCGCACAUCAUGGUCGACUACGAGAUGAACCCAAACGAACCCCUCCCCCUGGAUUAUCUGGAGCCUAUCAAGAACCUGUGGGUCGACAGCGGUGUCAAGGCUGCUAUCGCGAAGGGUAACGAAUUUGCGCUCCAUGAUAACCUGGACUACUUCUGCGAGGACAUAGACCGUCUUUGGGACAGAGGAUAUGUGCCCACAGACCAAGAUCUUCUGCGGUCAAGGUUGCGGACGACUGGCAUCACAGAGACCAUCUUUGACCUCGGCCAGUUGUCAUACCGGAUGUUUGACGUUGGCGGCCAACGGUCAGAGAGAAAGAAGUGGAUUCAUUGCUUCGAGAAUGUCAACUGUCUUCUCUUCCUCGUCGCCAUAUCCGGCUAUGACCAAUGCCUCGUUGAGGAUAAGGAUGGCAACCAAAUGAACGAGGCCCUCAUGCUCUGGGAGUCGAUCGCCAACUCCCAUUGGUUCGCCAAAUCCGCCCUCAUCAUCUUCCUCAACAAGAUGGAUCUCUUCAAGGAGAAACUUCCAAGGAGUCCCAUAACGCAAUAUGGGUUCACCGACUACCACGGCCCGCCCGACGACUGGAAGCAGGCGAGCAAGUACUUCAUGGACAAGUUCCGAGCCCUCAACCGGAAUCCAGACAAGGAGAUAUACGGCCACUUCACGAAUGCGACGGACACGAAUUUGCUGAAGAUCACCAUGGGAUCGGUCCAGGAUAUGAUCAUUCAGCGCAACCUCAAGCAGCUCAUCCUUUGAGUACCCGGAGGUUCCGUCGAAGAGUGGACUAGUAUCUGCAAUGCGAUUUUGGGUACGAGCACUGGAGGCACGGCCAGGCGACUCCGCCCCGA